UAGUUAUCUGCACGUGUUUUGUUUUAAGCGUGAAGAGUGGUAUUUUAUCCAUAAUAUUUUCUUUAAUUUUAACUAAACAUUAAAAAAUGGGCAAAAUUAAGACUGAACCCUUGGAUGAUACUGCCACCAGCGAAGCAUUGAACGUCACUAAUGUCAGUGUAAAAGAGGAAGAUACCUUUGAUGACAAACUGAAGUAUGUGAAUGCUAUUUCUCAACCCAUGGCCAGCAAGAAAAUAGCCAAGAAAUGCUAUAAACUUAUCAAGAAGGCAAUGAAACACAAAACUUAUCUACGCAAUGGACUUAAAGAUGUACAGACACGUUUGCGUAAAGGCGAAACUGGCUUGGUCAUUUUCGCUGGAGAUGUUACACCUGUGGACAUUAUGUGCCAUUUGCCUGCGGUGUGCGAAGAGAAAGGUAUCCCCUAUGUUUACACUCCCAGCCGUGCUGAUUUGGGUGCUGCCAUGGGUGUACGACGCGGUACCGUCGCUUUAUUGGUUCGGGAAAAUGAUGACUACAAAGAUUUAUACGAUGAACUUAAACAAGAUAUAUCCACCUUGUACGUUCCACUGUAGACGUGUAGAUAUUUUCCCAUAUAGUUUUUUUUAGUUUUUUAAGGCAAUAAUACAUUAAGAAAUUUUUAUAAAAUUUAUAGAAAUAUAUGAAAGAACCAAACCUAAGGAGCAAAGGCAAAGCUGCA